UUAGACCGAAGAAGUUGUACAAGACAGAAACAUGUGCUUGUACUGUGUGUGCCGUUCUUAUUAAACGUCCUUUAAACUUGGAGAGUGUGCGCGUCAUUACGGCCACGAUACAACAUAUUUUUGGCGACGAGGAUAAACAAAGUUUUGAAGAAAGGACGAGUUGUUCGGACGACAAGGACUUAAAAAGGGAGGAGUACCAAGUACCGUGAAAGUUUGUAGAAGAUGGCGACCAUUGGCACUCUGGCGGCGUUUGAUGCGAAAAAUCAAAGCUGGGAAGAAUACUGUGAAAUAAUGGAUCAGUUUUUUGAGGCCAACGAGAUUGAUGAUGGGGAUAAGCAGAGAGCUAUUCUCCUCAGCGUUGUCGGCGCAUCUACCUACAGUUUAAUGCGGAAUCUCCUUAGUCCAACUAAACCAAAAGAGAAGACUUACGGCGAGCUGGUGGCACUACUAAAAAACCACUUCGACCCAAAGCCAAGUGAAAUCGUCCAGAGGUACAAGUUUGAUUCUUGCAGUCGUAAACCAAAUGAGUCGGUGAUGGAGUACGUAGCGGAGCUGCGGAGGCUGGCCCAGGACUGUAAUUAUGGCAACACCUUGGAGCAAAAGUUGAGAGACAGGAUCGUUUGUGGAAUAAAUGAUGAUCGGAUUCAAAGAAGACUCCUGGCAGAAGCAGAUCUAACGUGUGAGAAGGCUUUGUCCAUUGCCGUUGCGGCAGAAACAGCAACUAAAAAUGCGCAAGACCUGCAGAAUCCGUGCGCCACUGCGAAGUGCUUCAAAGUAAACAAAGGCCCGCAGCAGCAAGGUGCGUUCAAGUGCGGAAAUGUGCAGGAGUGCUAUCGUUGCAAAGGACAACACAACGCUGCAGAAUGUAAGUUUAAACAAGAAAAAUGUCAUGCAUGUGGAAAAGUGGGUCAUAUUGCCAGAGCCUGCAGAAAUAAAAGCAAACAAAAGAGAUAUGUAGUAAAUCCUACAGCUAAAAAGGAGCAGUCUCGUUCAAGCUAUCGGUCACAUAACGUUCAAGAGCGACCAGAGGACAGUGAUACAGAUGGUUCAGAAGAAGAUUCCUUUCCUUUACAAAAUAUAAAGUUUAAGCUGGGACGCAUGAGUGACAUAUACCUGAGAAAAGUUGAUCCGUAUACAGAGAGCAUGAAACUAAAUGGGAAGAGAGUUCAGUUUGAGAUUGACACAGGUUGCAGUCUCACAGUAAUGAGUGAGAAGACAUUCCUAACAACAUGGAGAACCAACAAGACUCCUUGUAUUAAACCAGUACGACUCAAGUUGGAGACAUACACUGGGGAUCGAGUUGAAGUUGUGGGAGCAGCUCAAGUCCAAGUCAAGUACAAAAAGCAAAGAGCUAAACUGCCCCUAGUGGUUGUGAAAGGAGAUGGUCCCUCAUUACUAGGCAGAUGCUGGCUAGAGGACAUUCAGCUGAAUUGGAAAGAAAUAAAGGCCAGACACAAAGAAAGACAAGUACAUCAGAUACACACAGACCAGAAAACAGUGGAAACAAAAGUGACCUUACAAGAAGUACUGUGCAAACAUGAUGAAGUUUUCAAGGAGGAGCUGGGCACUUUAAAGGGCACCAAAGCCACUAUUCAUGUGAAGGGAAAUGCUGUUCCGCGCUUCUUCCGUCCAAGGUCUAUUCCUUAUGCCAUGAGAGCAAAAGUGGAUGAGGAAAUUGACCGACUGUUAAAAGAAGACAUUAUCACACCAGUUAAGUACUCAGAAUGGGCAGCACCAGUGGUACCUAUCCUGAAACCAGUGGGCACAGUCAGAUUAUGUGGAGAUUAUAAACUAACUGUAAACACCGUGUCAUCCCUUGAGCAGUAUCCGAUACCCAGAGUGGAGGAUUUGUUCAAUGCACUUGCAAAGGGUAAGCAGUUCUCUAAGUUAGACAUGAGUCAUGCUUAUCAACAGAUACUUAUGGAUGAGGACUCCAAGAAAUACCUCACCGUGAACACGCACAGGGGAUUGUUCACCUACAACAGGCUUCCAUUCGGUGUGGCCUCUGCCCCGGCCAUAUUUCAGAGAACGAUGGAGAGUCUUUUAUGUGGGAUUCCUCUAGUAGCUGUGUAUCUAGAUGAUAUAUUGGUAAGUGGCAUGGACCAAUCUGAUCACCUAAAAAACCUAGACUCUGUGCUAAACAGAUUGAAAGAAGCGGGACUACGCCUUAGGAGAAACAAGUGUACGUUCCUUCAAGAUGAAGUGGAGUACUUGGGCUACAAAGUCGAUGCACAAGGAUUACACCCCAUUGCCCAAAAGGUCAAAGCAAUCAAAGAUGCUCCUGCCCCAGCAAAUGUUUCAGAGCUGAAAUCAUUCUUGGGAUUGUUAAACUACUACAACAAGUUUCUUCCAAACCUGGCAACCCUGUUGGCACCUUUACAUGAGUUGUUGAGACAUGAUGUUCGUUGGAAAUGGGACAAAGAACAAGAAGAGGCAUUCCAAAAGGCAAAGGACUUGCUUAACACUUCAGAUGUUCUUGUACACUACUCAGCUGACCGUGAGUUGGUUUUGGCGUGUGAUGCUUCCCCUUACGGAGUGGGGGCAGUAUUAUCACAUAUCAUGGAAAAUGGAAGUGAGAGACCAAUUGGAUUUGUGUCCCGUACCUUACAACCUGCUGAGACAAGAUACUCACAGUUGGAUAAAGAAGGACUUGCGGUCAUGUUUGGGAUUGAAAGGUUUCAUAAAUAUAUAUAUGGUCGGAACUUUACCAUUUACACGGAUCACAAGCCAUUGAUUUAUCUGUUCAAUGAGAAGAAGCCAAUUCCUCAAAUGGGAUCACCUAGAGUGCAGCGGUGGGCUGUGAAGUUGAGUGCAUACCAAUACAACAUUGUCUACAAACCAGGCAAACAUCAUGCAAAUGCAGAUGCCGUGAGCAGGAUGCCAGUUCCUGUCAAGUUAAGGAAAGAGGAGAGUACUGAGCAAGUACUUAUGAUGGACAUGUUGGAUGAGACAUUGAUAGAUGCAAAGCAGAUAAAGAGCUGGACGGCAAAAGACACUGUUUUAUCACAAGUUCAUGAAUACAUCCUGAAAGGGUGGCCCACAGAAACCGAUCCAAGUCUGAAAGCUUUCCACCAGAGAAAGUUGGAGCUCGGUGUUAGAGAUGGCUGCGUUCUCUGGGGAGCUCGAGUGGUCAUCCCUGCCAAAGGAAGAGGUAGGAUGUUAAAAAUGUUACAUCAAACUCACACAGGAAUGACUAAAAUGAAAGGUUUGGCAAGAUCAUACAUGUGGUGGCCGGGAAUGGAUCAGGAUGUAGAGAGAACGGUUCAAGCAUGUCACGAAUGUCAGGCACAUCAAAAAGCACCUGCUUCUGCUCCUCUACACCCGUGGGAAUGGCCUGAAUCACCAUGGUCAAGGAUUCAUGUGGACUAUGCAGGACCUUUUCUAGGAGAAAUGUUUCUCGUAAUUGUGGAUGCACAUUCAAAGUGGUUGGAUGUUUACCCUACAAAAACAUGCACAUCCUUAGUCACCAUCGAGAAACUCAGACAGAGCUUUAGUAAUUUUGGAAUACCAAAAAUGCUGGUGUCCGACAAUGGAACUUGCUUCACAAGUGCUGAGUUUGAAGCGUUCAUGAAGCAAAAUGGAAUCAGUCAUGUGAGAUCCGCUCCUUUUCACCCAUCCUCAAAUGGACUCGCAGAGAGAGCAGUUCAAACUUUUAAAGAGGGGAUGAAGAAGAUGAAAGAAGGGACAAUACAAACAAGGUUAUCAAGAUUCUUGUUUAGCUACCGGAUCACACCUCACGCAACAACAGGCUUAUCACCUGCCGAACUCAUGAUGUCACGCAGACUAAGGUCCGCCCUGGAUUUGGUUGUUCCGGAUUUGAAAACCAAAGUGCAACAAAAGCAACUUAAACAGAAAGAAAAUCAUGACACACGGAGUAAGCAGAGAGGGUUUACGUCAGGAGAGGACGUACUCAUCAGGAACUAUUCCUAUGGACCGAAAUGGAUUCCUGGUGUUAUCCAAAACACUUCAGGACCCCUUUCCUAUACCGUUAGUGUUGGUACUGGUCAAGUUGUGAAAAGGCAUGUAGAUCAAGUAAGAGCAAGAUUUUCCAAGCUCGAGACAACGGUGGAGAAGGAGAAAAACUUAGUAUUUUUUCCAGAGACUGUUGCAAAGAUUCCACUACCGGAAAUAAAUAAACCACAGAUGUUAGAACUGAGUUCUAAUUCAGAGAAGGUGUCAGAGUUACCACCUGCUACCAAUACCCAGGAUGAAAAGGUUGUACCACCACAGCCAGAGUUGAGACGUUCUAGUAGAGAGAGACAUACCCCUGUUCACCUCAAAGACUUUGUUCCUUAAAGUAGAAUGUUAUUGAAAAAAAAAAGAAGUCAUACUGGGUUACAUUAAGUAAUUGUUCUGUUUAUGUUUAUUGAGUGUAUAACACAUGUUGUUUUUGCUUAAAUGUGGGGGAGAUGUGGUGUAUUGAUUUGGUAAUGUUGUUUGGUAUAAGUAUUAUUUCAGUGCUUAUUUACUGCAAACGUGAUACUUCUACUUUUACCCAGUAGAGGGCGCAUUCGCCUUAGAGUUGACUACUGAGGAUUGAUGUUAGACCGAAGAAGUUGUACAAGACAGAAACAUGUGCUUGUACUGUGUGUGCCGUUCUUAUUAAACGUCCUUUAAACUUGGAGAGUGUGCGCGUCAUUACGGCCACGAUACAACACUCUCAUGAAAAAAACUACGUUAAAAUAGUUUUCAAAUUAAUGCUACCACUGCGUAAUAUACUGAAAUAUUACAUGAAUAAAUGUAGAGUUUCGCGGUAUUAAAAUUAAAUAGUAAAUAUUCAUAUUUACUAUUUUAUUUA